UGAAAGCAGUUAGAGGAUCCUGGGAAGCUGAGUGUCUGGAUGGAGCCUAAGCUGGGUAUGGUACUAACCAUAACUCAGGAAACAACUGUGAGCUCUUGGGAAAGUUCUUUCAAUGGGGAAAAUGAUGAAGAUGAUCAGUUUCAUCCUUGUUGCCACUGCCGUGGUGAUGACCAGGGAAAGUUGGGCUUUUGAGAACUGCGCCCGGGAGCAGGCGCGGCUCAGAGCCCAGGUGCACCUGCUUGAGACCCGGGUCAAACAGCAACAGGUCAAGAUCGCACAGCUUUUGUAUGAGAACGAAGUCCAGCUCCUUGAUGAUGGAACCUACAAUAAUGUCCUUGAUCUUGGAGGCAAGAGGCAGUAUGCAGAUUGUUCAGAGAUUUUCAAUGAUGGCUAUAAAAACAGUGGAUUUUACAAAAUCAAACCUCUCCUGAGCCCAGCAGAAAUCUUUGUUUAUUGUGACAUGUCUGAUGGAGGUGGAUGGACUGUAAUUCAGAGACGAUCUGAUGGCAGCGAGAACUUUAACAGAGCCUGGAAUGACUAUGAAAAUGGCUUUGGAAAUUUUGUCCAAAAAAAUGGUGAAUAUUGGCUGGGUAACAAAAAUCUUCACUUAUUGACCACACAAGAUGACUACACUUUAAAAAUCGACCUUACAGAUUUUGAAAAAAAUAGACGUUACGCACAAUAUAAAAAUUUCAAAGUCGGAGAUGAAAAGAAUUCCUAUGAGUUGAAUAUCGGGGAAUAUUCUGGAACAGCUGGAGACUCCCUUGCAGGGAAAUUUCAUCCUGAGGUGCAGUGGUGGGCGAGUCACCAAAGAAUGAAAUUCAGCACUUGGGACAGAGAUCAUGACAACUAUGAAGGGAACUGCGCACAGGAAGAUCAGUCCGGCUGGUGGUUUAACAGAUGUCACGCUGCAAACCUGAAUGGUUUGUACUACGGUGGCCCCUACACCGCUACGACGGACAAUGGGAUCAUCUGGUACACCUGGCAUGGGUGGUGGUAUUCUCUGAAGUCUGUGGUUAUGAAAAUUAGACCAAAUGAUUUUAUUCCAAAUACUGUUUAAUUGUCUCUGUUGGGCCUUCAUUUCUGCAAUUCUUGUUGGUUUUGAAUGACUUGAAAAUAGCAAUUCUGAACAUGCCCAUGUAUAACAACAGCAAUUGUUGUGUGUUCUACUACUACUUUUCAUUCUUCUUACUUGCCUUUAUUACUUAAUGUACUUUAAGUAUAGCAGAUAUGCAAUAUUCACCAAAUAAAUGUAGAUUGUGUUAAUA